CAAGAAACUUUAAAAGUCAACUCUAUUCAAAACUCGGUAAUUUCGUUGGAAAUGAAAGUUUCACGAAAAGUUGACAACCCUAUCGACGAAUAAGCGAGUCACAGACAUAAGCGACACCACGCGAGCAAAAUUGGAAUUAUUAAUUAACAACAAGCUUAACAAGAGCUAGAAAUUCUUUAAAAAGUUUCAAAUUGUAUUUAGUUUGGGAAAUUUGUAAAAAAGAAAAUUUGAAGAAUCAUGGCAUCAACUGAGCCUGUCAACAAGAAGCAAAAGAUUGAAACGGAAGAAACACUUUUAGAGGAAAUUGAUACAUGUCAAAAUGAGAUUGAUGCAUUGAAUGAGCAAGCGUCUGAAGAGAUUCUUAAGAUUGAACAGAAAUACAACAAGUUGAGAAAGCCAUUCUAUGAAAAGCGAGCAUUAAUUAUUGAAAAAGUCGACAAAUUCUGGCUUACAACUUUCAUUAAUCAUCCUCGAAUCUCUAGCAUCUUACAAGAUCAAGAAGAAGAUUGCUUACAUUACAUGACAAAGUUACAUGUUGAGGACUUUGAUGACGUCAAAACUGGAUAUCGUAUUUCAUUCCAUUUCAAGGAAAAUAAUCCAUACUUUGAGAAUGACGUAUUAACGAAGGAGUUCCAUUUGGCUGCUGAAAAUCAGUCUGAUAAUUUCUCGCAAACCUCGACCGCAACACAAAUCAAAUGGAAAGAAGGCAAAGAUUUAUUGAAAGAACUUCAGUCUAAACCACAAUCCAAUAAGAAGCGAGAUGUUGAUCACAAAUCCUUCUUUGAAUGGUUCCUUGACACACAUGAUCCACCAAACGACGAUAUUGCCGAGACACUCAAGGACGAUAUUUUCCCUAAUCCAUUGCAAUAUUUUCUUGUACCAGACAUUGGAGUUUACAACGACGACGAUGAAUCUGGAGCUGAUUCAGAUAUCGAGGAAGGAUCUGAACAAGAGAUUGACGACGAGGAAGAACUAGAAGACGGAGAAUAAAAAGUAUCAUAAAAAUGCCAUUCCCUGAUGUUUAACAUUUUAUUAAGUCCUUAUAUUCUCAUACUUACAACCUUUAAUGCAUCUUCUUACGGACUUUUUUUUACGUUAAACGUUCUAAGCUGAAACAUGAAUAUUUUUUUUUUGAUAGAAUUGGAAAUAAGAAAGUGAUUACAAUUUUAAAAACCAAACAUUGUAACUGGUUU